AUGGCCCGUCUCGCUGGCCUCCUCGCCCUUUUUGCGGCAGUGACCGCUGUCACCGCUGCUCCCAGCGCACUUCAUAGAAGACAAGAUACAUCCACUACAUCCACCGCUCCCGUCGAUGCGAAGCCUCAAUGUCGAUGUUACCCCGGAGAGCCCUGCUGGCCCAAGCAGAAGCAGUGGGAUGCAUUCAACAGCACCAUCGGCGGAAAGCUGGUGGCUACCGUCCCAAUCGGCAGUCCAUGUCACGAUAGCUCCUUUGGCCCCCUCGACCCGACGGCCUGUACUGCUCUCAAGAGCAAAUGGAACGAUCCAGCAACCCAUUUCACCAGCUCGUCGUCUAUUAUGUCCCCCUUCUUCGCCAAUGCAAGCUGCGAUCCGUUCCUAUCGGCAAACACCCAGUGUGUUACGGGCACAUAUGUCCAGUACGCCGUCGCCGCUACUAGCACAGAUGACUUCCAGAAAACCAUUGCCUUCGCCAAAGACAGAAAUCUGCGUCUCGUCGUGCGUAACACUGGCCAUGAUUUCUUUGGGAAGUCUACUGGCGCAGGUGCCCUGGCUAUCUGGACUCAGGGGAUCAAGGAUGUUACUCCCAUGAACUACCAAUCUGGCGCCUACACCGGCCCGGCCAUGAAGAUUGGUGCCGGUGUCCUUGGCCAGGAGGUGUAUGAGGUUGCUAGCCAGAACAAUGUCGUUGUUGUGGGAGGUGCUUGUCCGUCCGUUGGUAUUGCUGGUGGAUAUACUCAGGGAGGUGGUCACAGUCUGCUCACCACCAAGUACGGUAUGGCUGCGGACCACGUUCUCGAGUGGGAGGUUGUUACACCCAAUGGAGACCUUGUCGUUGCAUCUCCGUCCCAGAACCAAGAUCUAUACUGGGCCCUGUCCGGCGGCGGUGGAGGAACAUACGGCAUUGUUCGAUCUAUGACCGUCAAGACCUUCCCGGAGCUCAAGACAGCCGCAGCGACUCUCGCUUACUCCAGCACCGGCAUCAACCCAGAUCUAUACUUUGAUCUCUUCAAGAUCUUCCUCACCUGCAUGCCAGCUAUUGUCGAGGCCGGUGGAUCCACCGUCUGGAUUCUCACGCCGCUGGGUUUCAAGGUUGCCCCUGUGAUGAUUCCUGGCUCGACCAAGGACGCCAUCGAUACCAUCCUUCAGCCUUUCCUCCAGAAGCUGAGAGACAAUGCUAUUCCAUUCCUAUACUCCAAUGUCGACUAUGCAUCUUACCACGAUGCCUUUCAAGCAACGACUCCAUUCAAGUCCCUCACCGAAACCCACACCGGCGGCAGACUUAUCCCCAAGUCCCUCGUUUCAACGGAUGAUGGACUCAACCAGUUUGUCUCUGCCAUGCGAGCAAUCGUUAGCAAGGGACCCUUCAUCUCUGGUCUCAACCUAGAUGCCUCCAAGAAGACCGACUUCGCGGACAACUCCGUCAACCCUGCAUGGCGGGACGCAGCCAUGCACAUCAUUCUCUUAACCCCCUAUAAUCACAAUGAUUGGAACGCUGCCCAGGCAAACCAGCGUGCAAUGACAGAGCAGAUUGUCCCCAUUAUCAAGAACAUCACCCCGGGAGGUAGUUGUUAUCUGAACGAAGGAGAUUUCAACGAACCAGACUGGCAGCGGACCUUCUAUGGGUCCUCAUACCAGAAACUCCUCAGCAUUAAGCAGAAGUACGACUCUUCAAACAUGCUCUGGGGUCGCACCGCUGUUGGUAGUGAGGCCUGGUAUGAGACUGAUGAUAAGCAUCUCUGCAAAGCAUGA